AUGUCGACCGAUUCUGCUGCGGACAAAGCUGCCCAGGCAGCCUUGUACAAGUCCACGGUUGAAGGCUGGACGCUGUAUUCAAUUGGCGUUACGGUGACCCUACUCCGAACCUAUUCCCGGGCGCGAGCCGUGGGGUUCAGACACCUGCAAGCCGAAGACUUUCUUGUGUGGGUUGCAAUUGUAUUCUACACGGCGCAGACAUCUCUUGCGUACUGCGUGGGCCAUGUCGCGCAUGGCCUUGCGAAUAAUGGCUUGACCGACGCUCAACGGGCAGCCUUGUCCCCUGAUGAUCCAGAAUACCGAUUGAGGGUAAUUGGCUCGAAAAUUCAAGUCGCCGGGUGGACUACGUAUUCGGUGUUGAUAUGGUCGCUCAAGUUGUCCAUGCUGGCAUUCUACCUCCGACUUACAGAUGGCCUUGGUAAUCGGUAUCGCAAUCCCAUCUAUGUUGGGUUCGCUCUUGUCAUCGGAACAUUCCUCGUCAGCGUGAUUACGAUCUUCACGGCGUGCCGGCCAUUCCAAAACUACUGGCAGAUCAACCCAGAUCCUGGCAAUACCUGCCAGGCCGCCAUAUCCAGGCCGAUCGUCUGGGCCUCCUUUGCAUCCAACGUGUCCACCGAUAUCUACAUCAUAUUAAUCCCCAUCCCUAUGCUCUGGCGAUCCAGCUUGAAACUCAUGAAAAAGAUCGCAGCAACCAUCGUCUUCGGGGCCGGAUUGUUCGUUCUCGUCUGCGCGAUCCUGAAGAGCGUGUUUGUCUUGGUGGACCCCGUCCAUGGCGCUCAACUGGCCGGCGAAUGGGGAACACGAGAGGCCUUCGUCGCGGUGGUUACUACCAAUCUUCCCAUGGUCUUCCAUCUCUUUCGAUCCUGGCUCUCGCGCCUAUUUGGCACCGCAUUCGGCAGCUCCCAGAAGACGUACAAAUUCCCCAGCGGGUUUCAGACGAUCGGUGGCGGUGCUGGCGAGUCCUUUAGCCGAAAUCGUCGGGGCCCUCCAACCGCUCAUCCUAUCAGCGCCAACUUGACGUUCAGCGAGAGUGAGGAACGGAUAGUGGACGAUGUGAAGAUGAAUAACUUGGAGGCGUUUAGCGCACCCGGCACUGGCCGCGAACAUCCUCCCGCCGGUAUUGUAGUCUCCAAUCAGAUUGAGAUCACCCAUGAGAAUAGAAACAGCCAUCUCGGUGGGAAUGAUCAGCCUCGUGGGCGGAGUUGGUGA